GGUGAUUACGUAUGGAUUGAAUCAUUACCAAAUGAACAAUAUUCGUGUCCUGUUGCAGCAAAAGUUGUUAACGACCAUGGAAAGGUAAAAAUAAUUGACUAUUUUGAAGAAUGGUUGACCCCGAAUCGUCGCAUGCGAUUAAUGCAUGCAACUUCAAUUCAAGGAGUUGAAGAUAUGAUUCAACUUGAUGAUCUUCAUGAGUCCAGCGUUAUGAGAAAUCUUUAUAUAAGAUAUUCGCAAAAGCUUAUUUAUACAUACACUGGGUCGAUAUUAAUUGCAAUAAAUCCAUAUAUGGACCUGCCGAUUUAUACGACUGAGCAUAUUCGACUGUAUAGAAAUCACCGAAUUGGUGAGCUACCACCACAUAUUUUUGCUAUCGCUGAUAAUGCUUAUAACAAUAUGCGAAAAAAUGGAAAUAAUCAGUGUGUCAUAAUCAGUGGAGAAUCAGGAGCAGGAAAAACCGAAUCAGCGAAACUAGUUCUACAGUUCUUAGCAAUGAUAUCAGGCCAACAUUCAUGGAUUGAGCAACAAGUGCUGGAGGCAAUACCAAUUAUGGAAGCCUUUGGAAACGCGAAGACAAUAAUAAACGGUAAUUCGUCACGUUUUGGCAAAUAUAUCGAUAUUCAUUUUAACAAUUCUGGUUCAAUAGAAAGCGCUCAAAUUGAGCAUUAUUUAUUAGAGAAAUCCCGAAUUGUGAGCCAAGCAAACGGGGAAUGCAAUUAUCAUAUUUUUUAUUGCCUUAUAGAAAAUUUAAGCGCAGCCGAGAAAAAUGAAUUGAACUUAAAAACCGUUGGAGAUUACUACUAUCUCAAUCAGAGAAAAACUCUAAAGGCUGAAAGGCAUAAUGAUGUACUUGAUCUUGCCGAAAUCCGAUCUGCAAUGAAAAUAUUGAUGUUUCGAGACUCGGAAAUUUGGCUUAUAUUUCGUAUUUUGGCCGCUAUACUUCAUAUAGGAAAUAUCAAAUAUAGUGAUUCAGUAAGUGUGCACUGUGUUGCAAAAUUAUUACAGUUGGAUGUUCGAUCUCUUGUCGAUGCACUGACGACAAGAAGUUUAAUAACACGAGGUGAACAAGUAAUUACAUGCUUAACACCUGAGCAAAGUCUUGACGUUCGAGAUGCCUUCGCAAAAGGAAUUUAUGGACGAUUAUUUACUUACAUUCUUAAUAAAAUUAAUGAUACAAUGUAUAGAAAAAUUGGAAUUCUCGAUAUAUUUGGUUUUGAAAACUUUAGCACAAAUAGCUUUGAACAACUUUGCAUCAAUUACGCUAAUGAGAGUUUAAAACAACUCCUCAUUAAGCAUAUAUUUAAAAUGGAACAAGGAGAAUAUGAAGCUGAACGAAUCAACUGGAAGAAAAUCCGUUUCGCCGACAAUGAAGACGUUUUAAAUAUGAUAGCAAUCUCUCCAAUGAAUAUUCUUUCGAUAAUUGAUGAAGAAAGCUUAUUUCCUAAGGGAACUGAUCAAUCUAUGCUUGAUAAGCUACAUGCCCAUCACCAAAAAAAAGGAUCCAUCUAUAUAAAACCAAAAUCAAACCUAAACAAAUCAUUUGGGAUUGUGCAUUACGCCGGUACCGUCAUCUAUAGUAGCAAAGGCUUUCUGGAGAAGAAUCGUGAUAUAUUUUCAUCUGAUUUAAUAGCUCUUAUACAAAAUAGCAAAUUCAAGUUUCUAGUAAGCUUAUUUGAUUCUGAUUUACCAUAUGAUGCGAUGGCUUCACAUCGUCGCAGACAAACAACUGUUGGGAAUCAAUUUCGAAAAUCACUUGAAUCUCUUAUGACACAGCUUACGCAAUAUGAACCACAUUUUAUUAGAUGCAUCAAGCCAAAUGAAACGAAACAUGCGCUGAUAUUCGACAGGAAUUUGGUCAGCAAACAAUUACGAUAUACAAGUAUGAUGGAAACGAUUCGUUUUAGGAAGACAGGAUAUCCUGUACGAUAUGAUUAUGUAGAUUUCGUUCAGCGGUACCGAAUGUUUGUCAAAGAAAUCGGUUCGCCAAAUAAAGAGGAUUGCUAUAUCGUUGCUCAAAAAAUUUGCCGAUCGAUGUUCGAUGCUGAUGUAGAUUAUCAAUUUGGUGCGACAAAGAUAUUUUUGAAAGAAAAUCAAGAUCGAUAUUUGCAACAGGAGCAUGAUCGGAUGCUUAAUUUGCAUGCGACAACUAUACAAAGGACAGUUCGUGGAUGGAUAGACAAAAAGCGUUUUGUACAUAUGAGGAUGGCUGCUAUCAUUAUUCAACGAUAUUGGCGAGGAUAUAUAUAUCGCCAGCGUUAUAAGCAGAUAAAAAUUGGUUUCACGAGGCUUCAAGCCGUUUUGCGAUCUCGUCAACUCGUUCUGCAUUAUAAAGGCAUCAAAGAAAUUAUUACACGGGAAUCCAUUUCUUCAAAGAUAUCAUUUAUGAAUGGAGACAUCGAAAACGAAGACCUGAGAGGAUAUCAGUUUUAUAAAUUUGCCGCUACUUAUUUCCAGCGUCAAGCAACAGCUGAACACAUCAAAAAAAUUCUUCGAGUCCCUUUAUUACCACACGUCGACGCAAAUGAUCAUUUGGCUUCACUUGCUGUUUGGGUCAUCAUUUUAAAAUUUAUGGGAGAUCUCACCGAACCAACUUAUUCUCCUACAAACUCUGUGGAUUCAGUAGUGAGUGUCUUGAUCACAAUUAUCAUUUGUGAAAUAUCGACUAAAGAGUGGAUUAGUCUCUUUUUGGAGACAAUCGAAAACUAUAUUCCUUAUGAUUCUUUCCUUAACGAUCAUUCAAUGACAAAUUUGGAAAAACUUCAUUUUAUUAUUGGACAUGGCAUUCUCCGACCUGAUUUGCGAGAUGAAAUUUAUUGCCAAAUUUGUAAACAAAUUACCAAUAAUCCAUCGAAGAAUUCAAACGCCAGAGGCUGGAUAUUGCUAUCCCUCUGUGUUGGUUGCUUUGCGCCCUCCGAUCGUUUCAUUAAAUAUCUUUAUUGUCUUAUAAGAGAGAAUAUUCCUUUAGAAAAUACGAGUUAUUCGUAUUAUAUAGAACGUCGUUUAACCAGAACAAUAAAAAAUGGUACGCGGCAACAACCGCCAAGCUAUAUCGAAUUACAAGCAAUAAAAUUGAAAAGGCCCAUUGUAUUAGCCAUAACAUUCAUGGAUGGUUCGGUAAAAUCUGUAGAAGCAGAUUCAGCGACUACUGCUAAAGAGCUUUGCAAUGCCUUAUGCGACAAACUUGGCCUCAACGACAGAUUUGGAUUCUCCAUAUACAUUGCACUUUUCGAUAAGGUAUCAUCCCUGGGUUCAGGAUCGGAUCAUAUUUUAGAUGCAAUAAGCCAAUGUGAACAACAUUUUCGCGAACAGGGCCAACAAGAACAAAAUGUUCCAUGGAGACUUUUCUUUAGGAAAGAGAUUUUUGCGCCCUGGAACGAUCCUAUACAAGACGCUGUCAGUAUUAAUCUAAUCUAUCAACAAAUAAUCCGAGGUGUAAGGUACGGCGAAUAUCGGAGCACUAAGGAAGAAGAUAUAGCUCUUUUGAUUGCUCAACAAUAUUAUAUUGAUCAUGGUUUGGAAAUGAACAUUGAGAAGCUUGAAUCAUCUCUUAGUUCAUAUGUACCAGUGGAAGAAUGGAAAAACGCUGUCGAUUCAAAUAACGAACAACGUUGGCUGCAACUCGUAUUACAUGCUUAUCGUAAGCAAUUUUCUCAGAAUCAAUCCAGUCGAGAACAAGUGAAACAAGAAAUUGCAAAUUUCGCAAAAAACAAAUGGCCUUUACUUUUUUCACGAUUUUAUGAAGCAUAUAAAAUUAAUGGCCCAUCAAUUUCUAAAAAUGAGGUAGUAAUUGCUGUUAACUGGAUGGGUAUAAGCGUUGUGGAUGACAAUGAACAGGUUCUACUCGAACUUUCAUUUCCGGAGAUUUUCCAAUAUAUUGUUAAGCUAUUGUUUGAUUUGUUAUUGUAUUGUUCAAUUAAUGAUGAUCAGUAUACUUUUCUAGCACCUAAUGCAAGCGAUAUCAAAAAGCUCAUUGAUUAUUUUCUAGACGGUCUAAAGACAAGAUCUCAAUAUCUGGUAGCUCUCCAAAAUAAUCCUGAGGGCAGCGAUAGCUUGCCUUUCAUGCGAGGUGAUCUAUUGAUUCUUGAAGAGGGAUAUAAUGGAGCAUAUACACAAGUUAACCGAUAUGUGAAAGGUGAAAAUACUCGUACAGGCAUUCAAGGUAAUAUUCCUACAAACAUGGUACACAUAUUGCCGACUGUCACAAAACCUUCAAAGCUUUUGCAGGAACUAUUUUUAAAGCAGAUCAAUUUCGAAUCACCAAUGAAUCAACAAAUCGCUCUUAUAUCAAAAAGAAAUAUUUUUGCUCGCCCUUUUACACUCGAACAAUUUGCGGCUAAUAAUUUCAAGAAUAUCGAAGUAAAUAAUCAAGUAAAGAAAGUUAUUAGAUUUGGAUUUUCAAGAAUAUUAUCGAAUUUUAGAAAACUACUCUCCACUUUAGAAAUCAACCAAAACAGCGAGCCCUUACGAUUAAAACUUGAAGGCAAAAGUGAACCAUCUCGCGAAGCUAUCAUGGGUUAUUGUGCUAUUAUGAUUUACAUGGGCGAUUAUCCAUCGGAAAGGCAUUUCAUGGAUAUCGAUCUCACGGAUCAGAUUUUUCGAGGACCUUUAAAAUAUGAAAUUCUCCGUGACGAAGUUUACUGCCAGUUGAUUAAACAAUUGACAGAUAACUGCAAUCCUAUAAGCGAGGAAAGAGGUUGGGAGCUGUUUUGGCUUUGCGUUGGACUUUUUCCUCCAAGUCAAUCACUCCUUAAAGAAGUUAUGCAGUUUUUAUUCACAAGGCCAAAUUCAAUUGCGAUGGAUUGCUAUACAAGAUUGCAAAAAACUUUAAAGUCAGGAUGUCGAAAAUUUCCUCCGCAUCAAGUGGAAAUUGAAGCUAUUCAGCGUCGAACAACUCAAAUUUUUCAUAAAAUUUACUUUCCUGACAGUACAGAAGAAGCGAUUGAAGUGGAUGCCUCAAUGCGUGCUUCUGAGUUCUGUUCUAGAAUCGCUAAUCGACUGUGCUUGAAGUCUUCAGAUGGAUUUUCGCUUUUCGUGAAGAUGAACGACCGAGUCAUUUCGAUGCCAGAUAGCGAUUUUUUCUUUGAUUUUGUACGCCAAUUAUCUGAUUGGGUAAAGCAAAGUCGGCCUAAUACUAACCGUGCCUUUGUAACCUUCGCAUAUCAAGUAUUUUUCAUGAAAAAGUUAUGGAUUAAUACAGUUCCCGGUGAUGAUCGAAUAGCUGAUCUCAUGUUUCAUUUUCCUCAGGAACUUCCAAAAUAUUUGCAUGGCUACCAUAGUUUAUCACGUCAGCAAGCAAUUGAUUUAGCCACAUUGAUAUUGCGUGCAAAAAUUAGGAAUGAUAAACCUGUAUCGCUAAAUCAACUUGCAACCAUAAUACCAGAAUUGGUUCCUCGUGAUAUGUUGAAAGCCUAUAGUUGCGCAGAAUGGAAAAAGCAAAUUAUCAAUGCUUAUACUGGAUCUAUCGAAAAUUUAUCGCCUGAUGACGCCAAAACUAUCUUCUUGAAAUACAUUUCCUCAUGGCCAACUUUUGGUUCUGCAUUUUUCGAGGUUAAACAAUCAUCCGAUCCAUCAAUAAGUGAGCAAGUUUUAAUAGCUAUUAAUAAAACCGGUAUUAACUUAUACAAUGCAAGUAAUAAACAGUUUAUCGUCAACUACCCAUUUCAAUCUCUUAGUAAUUGGACAAGUGGAAACACUUAUUUUCAUAUAACAACUGGCAAUCUUAUGAAAGGCAAUCGCGGUAAUCGUCUCUUAUUUGAAACCACACUUGUGAGUUUUUUUCUUUUAUCAGAAAUUUUAAGUACAUUUCAUCUAUUCAAUGACAAUUUGUGCUAUUAA